UUAGUUUCCCAUCGGCGGGCGGAGCUCUUAGUCGCUAACAUUACAUCAAACUAACGGUGCUUACGUGCCACACGACGCACAUACCUCAAUCCCCUAACACUACCGCACUCACACCCACACACACAAAAUACCGCCUUCACCUUGAAGUGCCUGUCGAAGUGUCGGAAUCGCUUCCUAUUUAUUUGCCGUUAAUUUAACGGAACUUCUUGCACUGAGAGAGUGGUGUCAAGCCCAAGUGGACGGCACACACACAUCACGUGUUUGACUCUGGCUACAAAUUUGUAGCAGCGACACGAUCACGAGCAACUUUCGUUUUUCCAUACUUCCCACCUACUCUCACUCCAGGACAGCGCUCUCUUUUGUGGUCGCGAUGUUCUCUCUACAGCAGUUGGUCAGAGCGACAUUUAACGGCGGCAGCGAUCUCAGCCGGCUGCUGCGCCACAUGAGCGGCGUGACGUCAGGAACUACAACUACACUGUGCACAACGGCGGCUACAAAGCACUCUAGUCAGGCGAAGUUGGGCGACAACGGCAGUCACGGUUCGCCCUCACAUACAGACGGUUGUAGUCACGGCGAAUCAGAGUCGGAUUUGGAGUCGGCGCACGGCCAGAAUUUGUCAGCACAGCAGUUCGUCAGGAGGAUACUGCAGCAACGCAGCCAGGACAUCCAGCGCCACAUCCACACGCAGUCAGCCAAAGAACCUACCAGAGCUAAGUCUACGCAGCAAAAUCAGCAGCAGCAGACCUCCACCAAGUUCGCCAUGUCAUCGCUAGCAGCCGAGCCCCUACAAUCCCAAAAACAGGAUGAAAUCACCGCCAGCACGGGUGGCGAUGUGGAGAAUCCGGGCCUGGGAGCCUCUUGCCACGAUGUGGCAUCCGCAUCAGCCAGUGCCGGCAAAAAGCCCUGCUUCAGCACAGGUCUCGGUGAGAUUCUACAGUUCAUGGAGCUCAUCGGCAACCUUAAGCAUACAAAACGCACCGGAUGGGUGCUGCGUGAUGUCAACGACUGUGAAUCUAUUUCAGGACACAUGUACAGGAUGAGCAUGCUGACCUUCCUACUGGAUGGCAGCGAGGGACUCAAUCAGAUUCGCUGCAUGGAACUGGCAUUAGUGCACGAUUUGGCGGAAAGUUUGGUGGGCGAUAUAACGCCCUUCUGCGGGGUUUCCAAAGACGAGAAGCGGGCCAUGGAGUUCAAGGCAAUGGAAGAUAUAUGCAAGUUGAUCGAGCCUCGCGGCAAGCGCAUAAUGGAACUGUUUGAGGAAUAUGAGCAUGGACAAACUGCCGAGAGCAAGUUUGUCAAGGAUCUUGAUCGCCUGGAUAUGGUUAUGCAGGCGUUCGAGUACGAGAAGCGGGACAAUUGCCUUCUGAAACACCAGGAGUUCUUCGACUCAACGGAGGGCAAGUUUAAUCACCCAUUCGUUAAGAAGCUGGUCAACGAAAUCUACGAGCAGAGGGACGUCCUGGCUAAGGCCAAUGGCGCCACACCUCCCCCGGCUAUUGAGGUGCCCAACAUGGAUAGGCCGUCAAAAGUGGCCAACGGGCAUGACGGCUCAAGUUGAGCGUUAUUCUAGGAACCAGUCUUAGGCUAGCACAUGAUCACAUCCUCACAUACAACCACCAUGCUCUUAAUUUGUAAGCCAAUCCAACUAACAAACUGUUAAGCCUACCUCGACACGCUCAUAGCUAGAUCUAACUUUUAACACACUAAUUUAUUGCGAAAGAAACGGAAUGGAUGGAACCGAUGGGAGUAGCUACCAAUUAUCAUGAACAAACAAACACCUGUUGAACACGUCUCCUUAGUUCAAUUUCCUUUAAGUUAAGCGUAAAGUUGCGGAUCGAGUUUUAUCUAAAUAUCAAAUUGAUCUGACUAAGAAACACAAUUGUACAUAACUAAAACAAAUUGUAGUUUAUUUUAAAAGUAUAAUGACCACAGACGAGGCGAAUAAAUGUAAAUGUUGUCCUAUAGCAAUUUUAUUCAAACAGCCGAACUUAUAGAUCAAAAUGUAAUCAAAAUAAUUGAUUUUUUAAUAAUAUGUUCGCACCUGCAUUACUUUUACCCUUCAAUCGAACAAUUGUAACCAAAUUAUAAUUAAUAUAACAUUGUGAAUUAGGCAAUAUAAAGAGGCAGUCACGCUUCUGACGUGGCUAAAAGACAAA